CAGUUGGCUUAAAUAUGGGCGAAACUACCUUCUGUGAAAGUUACGCAAGCAUAGGAACAGUCAGCUAAAUUGUGACUUAUACCUAGCAGAGAUCAUUACAAGUAGAGACUCCACCUUAGUUAAGAAAGGUUUAGCGUGCCAGAAAGAUUGCUGUCUUUGUGUCUUUUGCUGGACGUAUACGCUGAAUGAACACCAACAACAACACGAAAACGAGGCCUAUAAUUGGCAAGGUAGAAGUGUUACUUGUUAACAGCUUCAAAAACAAGACUACACGAACUGAAAUGUUUCCCUUGAUUGUUGACUUGGGUGCAGUUAAAACUGAAUCAUGUGGUGUAAUGAAAAGAUCUUGCGUUCACAUAAUAAUCCGCAAUAUGUGAUAACAAGUGACUGAAGUUGUUAAUACUAAUAGUGCUACAAAUAAUAUUUCUCCCAUUUUUUAUCAACUUUAUUCGUUAAUAAAAUCGUGUAUUUUAAUAAGAUCUAAGAUACUGAAGACUGAAGACAUAAUUUAUGAAGUUUAAGCUCAUCCAUGACUUGAACAACCGCAAACUGACGAAUAAUGUUAUGUUUUGUCAGAAUCCAUUUUAUGUUCAGGCUAUAAGCUUGUAUUGGUGAGACUGUCGUCGUGACUUCUUUGAACUAGCUAUGUCGUAACAGUGAUCAAGAUCUCUACAGAAAAAAAUAGGAAAAAAAAAGAAAAAUUAAGUUUUGAUCUUUAAUUUGUUGGCAUUUGGUCGUACGUAAAAUUGUGGAAAAAAAAUGCUGAAGAGUUCUAAGUCAACUCAGUGUGCUCAACACGACUUUUCCAUAACGACAGCUUACAACAACGGAUUUCAACGUCAAGACAGCAUCGUUAGUGAAACAAGUGAAACCCAGGGUAUAAAGUUUGCGAAGAAAGAGUGCUGUAAUCCAACAACGUGCAUCUGUGUGACUUUAGCCCUACUUUUUAUCACUCUGGGAGCAGCAACUACAAUCUUUUAUGGGUUGGACUAUCUUAAUGCAGAGAGGCUGAAUGAUCGGGUGUUCUUGGGAAAGUUUUCUGUAAUAAGUGGAAAUUCUUUCACAGAUCGACUUUCAGAUACAGUGUCUGAUGAUUUUGAGACAAAAUCUCAACUUUAUAAAACAAAGCUGGAAAAACUUUACAAUGAGAGUGUUUAUAGCAAUGAAUUUUUACAAGCUGAAGUGGUGGAGUUAGAAAGCGAUCGGAAAUACAACAAAGUGAAUGUCCACUUCAACCUUCGUAUGUCACGUGGGAACAAACAAGUAGAUGCCUCUGACCUUUACGUAAUUUUGAUUAAAGAAAUCACCAGUUCAAAACUCGGUGUUUUCCAGGGAUUGAAGAUUGAUCAAAGAUCUGUACAAGUUCAAGAGAGAAUAUCUUCAGAUGCUAAGUUAGCUGACCCCUGGAUCCCUCACCAACAAUACCCUGGCUACUUAGAUGGUUUACGUAUUGCUCCUGCUACAUCACCAAGUACAGCGAUGAAUCAAAGUCACUGUGAACCAAUAGAGUUAGAGUUCUGUAAAAAUCUGUCUUAUAACGUCACAUAUUACCCAAACAUGGUUGGACACAUGAAUAUACACGAGCUCCAGAAAGAUUUGACAACCUAUCGUCAGGUCAUCGAUUUUGAGUGCUACAGUUUGGCACAAGAAUUUAUUUGUCAAAUUUUGCAACCUGGGUGUCAGAAUGAUGCAGUGGUUUCACCGUGUAGAAAUUUUUGUGAAGAAUUUUGGAAAUCCUGCAAGAAUUUGUUACCAAAGAUAGUUUACGACAAGAUUAACUGCUCAACUUACCCUAAAUACGACGGUUCUGGGUCUUGUAAACCGAAACCAAAUUGUGGAAUUAAUCCAACUCACACACACCCUACAAAUAGUUUUCGUUCACCACAAUCAAAAGAUGUAAAACACGGUGAUUGGCCCUGGCAUAUUAUGUUGAUGCAGAACGGAAAACAUGUUUGUGAUGGUACUUUAGUUGACCAUACGUGGGUCAUAACCUCCAGCGUUUGUUUGAAAAAAUAUCCCAAUGCUUACUGGACAGUUAAGCUUGGCAGCGGGAGACUGGCAUCAGUUUCACCAUACGAUCGAGUAAGGCUCGUGACUGGAGUUAUCAAAUCACCGUUUGAGCCUGAAGGAGUAACACUGCUCAAACUACAUAAGCCGGUGAACAUCACUGACUACGCGUCCCCUGUUUGUCUUCCUAACUCAAACACUAACAUCCUACCUGGAGAUUACUGUUUUACUCUAGGAUGGGAUGUCAGAGGUAACCAAUUACAACAGACUAUGGUGAAGGUACAGAAUCCAGAAACGUGCAAAUUCAAUUCGUCAUCUCCCAUCCUAGACCAACGACCAGAAUAUUAUAAUACUCAGAUUAUAUGUACAGAGAUGGUUGGAGAUUCAUUGGCCAGAAUAUGUUUGAUGGGGAAGACGAUGAGAGGGCAACCUUUGCUCUGCCAGAAGAACAACAAGUGGCUUAUUGUGGGAAUUGAGAAUGGAGAAGUUGUUUGUAAAGGCAGUAACACAGCUCGGAUAUUUUCUAAGACAUCAACACAAGCACAGUGGAUAAGACACACAAUUGAAUCUCUUAAAACAACGUGAAUUUGCGGAUGAUUGGUUUCAGUAAUUUACAUUAACCAAAAUAGUCAUUUCAUACGUCCAACACUCUGAAUUAGUUUUCAUUAUAAUUUUUAUAUUUAAAUACGUUUAUGUUUCACGUACUGCAUAUUUUACAUCUUUAGUACAUCGUAUAUUCUUUUCCCGAUUUCUAAUUGGGAAAAUAUGUAACAUUAUUGCCAUCUAGUGGUGAGGCUGAAAAACGACUGUGAAAACAAAAAAGUGAGAAUUCGCCAUUUGUGUUUGUUACUCAUUUUUAAAAGGAAGUAAUGUUUGUCUUCUAAAAAAAAAUAAUAAUGUAAAUUUCAGUUAAAUUCAGUUAUCUUUUGUCGCUUG